AUGAUUACGGCCAUUGCGAAUGAAGGCUUGCCUGCUGUCCAAUAUCAUCAAUUAAGUUGGGACUCAAUAGCCACUGCUUGGCCCACGGGUUCAGUAACCAGUGACUAUUCUGAUUAUCCACAAGUUCAGCCUCAAGAAAUACCACUUCUAGGAAGAGCGAAGCCAGUCAUACUAGACUUGGAGGUGCUUAGGUUAUCAUCAUCGGACCAAACCAGCCAUCCUGAUAGCUGGAAAUAUUAUGUUCCAAAUUCGCAGCCGCAAAACCAUGAUCCUACAGUCCACUCAAAUUCUCAUGUGAUUCCGACAGUUCAGACAGACAACAAUGGGGAACAAUUGCACAACACAGAAAUAUUCUUACGGGGAUGGCCUGACCAAGCCCUCGACACAGUUUGCGGCUGGGGCUCGAGCGAGCGGCAUACCCGGCUAGUUCGGAAGAGAUUCGCUGAAAUACUGAACACAUAUAAUGUGGGAACGCUUAACGAUGCUGGCUGCGGUGAUCUAGCGUGGAUGAGUAUGAUAGAUCUCGAGGGGGUCGACUAUGUUGGAUACGAUAUAUACGAGCGUGCAAACUGGGCCGAACUACGACAACGCGGCUACCGACUGGACAUUCUUGACGUCACAAAAAAAGAACCGCGCCCGGCUGAUCUACUUAUUUGUCGUGAUGUUUUUAUUCAUUUGCCGAACGAUAUGAUUCUCCCUACGCUGGAGCGAUUCCGCCACUCGGCCUCGCUGCUCCUCACCACAAGCUAUAUCAGCGACCCGAUUUUGAGUGAAGGAGGAUUUUCCAACUUCAAGCGAAUGAACGAGCCAAGUCUACAUCACAGAAAGCUCGACUUGACUCUACCUCCGUUCAACCUCGGCCAACCGCUUGUUCGCAUCCCCGAGGACUCACCCAACAAAUAUCUCGGACUCUGGGAUAUGACUCGCCUGCCAACGGGCCCGUACGCGAUGAAGUCACUCUCUUGA